CACCAACACCAUCGCAACCUGCGUCAUCCUAUCUUUGACAGCCUUAUCAACGCGCAACUAUCAUCAGCUAGUGGGUAUCUGGUGCACUAACGCUUGCGACACUCACUGCAAUGCAGUGAGCGGUCUUUACCUGGAAGCUUCCAAGUUGCUGCUAAGAGCGCCUGCGUCCAACCACCAUGGCUAUCACCUCGAUCCAGCCGGUUCUACCGACCCGGUUCACGAUCAAUUCGACCGAGAAAGGUGCCAAAAAGCCUCCCCCGGAACCUUACCACGUGAAAGACCAUCCAUUUAAAGGCUACCACCCCCCUCAACCGGAAGGCUACGAAAAGAGCAAGAGUACUAGCGCCAUAGUUAUUGAUAAUGGCUCGAACCUCGUCAAAGCAGGUUGGUCGUUCGACAAAUCCCCUCGAUUCGUGCUUCCUCCUGUGAUGAGCCGAUAUCGCGACCGGAAGCUCAACAAAGCCUGCCAAUUCAUCGGAUACGAUUCCUAUGUAGAUGCGACUACGCGCGGUCAGCUGCGCUAUGCCUUCGACCCUGGCACGAGUGUGGUGGGUAACUGGGAUGUCAUGGAGGGGGUGUUGGACUAUCUGUUCAUCAAGCUGGGAGUUGAUGGUGCCAAUGGAGGUGUUGACAGGCCGAUUGUCAUGACUGAGCCGAUCGCGAACCUCGCCUAUCCCAGAAGGAUGAUGAACGAAAUCCUGUUCGAGUGCUAUUCCGCGCCAUCGGUCGCCUACGGAAUCGACUCCCUGUUCUCCUAUCGGUACAACCGCGGAAAGGACGGACUCAUCAUCUCGUCUUCGCACACAUCGACGCAUGUGAUUCCCGUGCUGAAUAACAAGGCUUUGCUAUCCAACUGCUCGCGACUGAAUUGGGGUGGACUGCACGCAUCGGAAUACUUGCUGAAACUCAUGCGCUUGAAGUACCCGACCUUCCCUGCGAGGAUGACAGAAAGCCAGAUGGAAGACAUUGUGCACAAGCAUUGUUAUGUUUCCAAGGACUACGACCAAGAGCUGAGCCACUAUCUGGACUGGACAGGGCUGGAGGAGCGUGACUGUAUCGUCCAAUACCCUUAUACCGAGCAUGUUGUGCCCGAAAAGACCGAGGAAGAACUCGCCCGGAUUGCCGAGAGGAAGAAGGAAAGUGGGCGUCGGUUGCAGGAGCAGGCCGCUAAGAUGCGGCUAGAGAAAUUGAUGAAGAAGGAGCAGGAAUUGGAGUACUACAAGGACCUACAGAAUGGACUGGCCUCGGAGACGAAGAAGGAAGCCAGGCGCAUUCUCGAAGCGGAGGACCUGAAGGAUGAAGCCCAUCUAGAUCGACUGAUUCGGGAUCUUGAGCGGUCCAUCAAACGAUCCCGGAACCGGGACCUGGGGAUCGAAGAAACCGAAGAGCCCCAGGAAGAGAUGUCAUUCCCGUUAUUGGACGUCCCGGAUGAAGAACUGGAUGAAGCUGGUCUGAAGGAAAAGCGCCAUCAGCGACUAAUGAAGUCCAACGUUGAAGCUCGACAACGCGCGAAGGCAGAGAAAGAGCGCGAGAAGGCUCGCCGGGAAGAGGAGGAACGCCUCGACCGUGAGAAGCGUGAGAACGAUUUCGAGAAUUGGCUCGCUGAACGCAGAGCAAACCGUCAAAACAUCAUGCAAAAGAUCAAGGAACGUGACAGGAUGAAGGCGGAUCUCGGCAAUCGCAAGUCAUUAGCCAGUCAGAUGCGUAUGAAGACCCUCGCCAAUCUCGCUGCUGAUGGGCCCAAGAAGCGGAGGCGUGGCGGGGACGAUGACACCUUCGGUGCCAACGAUGAAGACUGGGGUGUCUAUCGAACGGUGGCUACAGGUGAACAGAGUGAUGAGGAGGAAGAGGAGGACCUUGGAGGCAUGCUUGAUACCGUUGAGAAGGAGCUACUCGAGUACGACCCCGAAUUCACAGAGAACCACACGCUCGCAGCACAAUCCGACUGGACGAAGAGCUUGGUGCACGUCUUCCUGCGGGGCCCCUGGCCCUUUGAUCCCGAAAGCCAACGUGAGGCUCAUCAGCUGCACCUGAACGUGGAGCGAAUUCGCGUUCCCGAGGUGGUGUUUAAGCCGUCAAUUGCGGGCGUUGACCAGGCCGGCCUGUUGGAGAUUGCUGCCGAUAUUGUGAACCAGCGAUUCCCGAACCCUGAGGAGCAAUCGAAACUGCUGCGGGAUGUGUUCCUCACGGGUGGCAACACCAUGUUCAAGAACUUCGACGAACGUCUCCGCAACGACUUCCGCGCGUACCUCCCUGUGGACGCCCAACUCAACGUCCGACGUGCAAAUGACCCGGUUUUGGACGCAUGGAAGGGUGCUGCGCAGUGGGCAUCAGGGUCAGAAUUGGCCAAGUCCUCGAUCACUCGGCAGGAAUACUUGGAGAAGGGCAGCGAAUAUCUCAAGGAGCAUGAUAUGGGCAAUGCCACUACAUGGUAGAUGUCAGGGCCUGUAAUACGCUCUGCCUGCCUAAUACCUAUACAAAGAGGGAUAUCUCGGCUAAUGCGGUUGGGGAUAUACAAGGUUUGGACUGGGAAUGCCUUCGGUGGGUUGUGGAUCAGUGAUGCGACUAAUUCAAACUGCACCACUCAACUAUCAAAGGUGUAGAUGCUGGUAGUGGUGCCUAUCCAGGGCGCGAAGGGACAGGGAGUCGGGCGUACUAAGUCGGAUGAAACAUUCAAUUUCGACGAGGAAUGAUUUGAUAGAUUAAGAUGGCAUGGAUAGUUUCACUUCUUUAUUUCUUACUUUGUAUGCUAUAGU